AUGAUGAUGAAGGCUAAUGCCAUUAAAUGGUCUUGGUUUAUGAACUUGAUCGUUUUUUUCCUACACUGCUCAAAUGGGAUUGCUCUCGAGUCUGAGAGAGUUCCAGCAAUGUUUGUGUUUGGAGAUUCGUUGGUUGAUGUUGGCAACAACAAUUAUCUCAGCAGCAUUGCGAAAGCCAAUUACUUCCCUUACGGUGUUGAUUUUGCCAAAUUUGGCCCUACUGGGAGAUUUUCCAAUGGGAAAACCUUCGUUGAUAUACUUGGAGAGAAUCUGGGAGUGCCGUAUCCUCCAGCCUUUGCAGAUCCUAACACAGCUGGGCCCGCUAUACUUGGCGGAGUGAAUUAUGCUUCAGCAGCUGCUGGCAUCCUUGAUGAGACAGGGCAACACUACGGACAAAGGUAUAGCCUAAGCCAACAAGUCCUGAAUUUUGAGACAACACUGAAUCAAAUAAGAACAUUGAUGAGUGGAAGAAAUUUCACCGAGUACCUGGGAAAAUCUAUUGCUGUUUUAGUGUUUGGAAGCAAUGACUACAUCAACAAUUACCUCAUGCCUUCAGUCUACUCUUCCAGCUUCUACUAUAGCCCCCCUGAUUUUGCGAAUCUUCUGCUCAAUCACUACACGCGUCAGCUUCUGGCACUAUAUAAUCUAGGACUAAGGAAAUUCCUGCUACCAGGAAUCGGGCCUCUUGGUUGCAUACCUAACCAAAGAGCCUCUGCUCCCCCAGAUAGAUGUGUUGAUUAUGUAAAUCAAAUACUUGGAACCUUCAAUGAAGGUCUGAGAUCACUCGUUGAUCAACUGAACAAACAUCCUGGUGCAAUGUUCGUAUAUGGAAAUAGUUACGGUUCAGUUGGUGACAUCCUAAAUAACCCUGGUACUUAUGGAUUCAGUGUUGUGGAUAAAGGUUGCUGUGGGAUUGGUAGGAACCAAGGCCAAAUAACUUGUCUUCCGUGGGUGCUUCCUUGCACGAACCGAAAUGCCUACGUCUUUUGGGAUGCCUUCCAUCCAACGGAGGCAGUCAAUGUCAUUCUAGCCCAGCGAGCCUUUAAUGGCUCCCAAAGGGAUUGUUACCCAAUUAACGUCCAGCAAAUGACCCUCAUCUACUGA